CAUUACCUCUGCCAAAACAAUGUGUCCACCACUUUCUGAUCAUUCGUUUGCCUGAAAAAACUAUGGGUUGAGUUAACAUCCUUGAUCUUUGGUGGAUGAGACGUGGUGGAUGUGUCAGGGAGGAACACAUUACACUUUGGAGAUAUUGUGAGAUAGUGUCUCUCAGAAAUUGUUUGCAAUUUGGUACAGAAACAACAAAAAAUACAGAUCUAGUGAAUUUAAUUGUGGUUUCAUAAGGUGACUGUUGGGCCUUGGCGGAGGUUUAUGCAUUCUACUAAUUGUAGUAGUUUAUAGCUGAUCUAUGAUGAUUUGGGAAGUAAUGGAAUUCAGGAUUUAAAACGUGUAAAUACUAAAUAAAUGGUGUCUUAUUAGAGAGGUGACCAUCUGUCUUCUGUCAUUGUGUAUGUUUUGCUCACUCGUUCAUUCUAAAUAACAAAAAAAAAAAAAAAUCCAGUGGAGAAAGAAAAACAACCUAAUUGUUUUCAAGGAUGAGGAAAAAUCGUGAAGUUUGACAAACCCCGUGAACCCACGUUCUCCGCAGCUCACUGGUGAAAAGUUCCAGCUUCCAGUUUGGUCUCCAUUUACCCGCAGCUGUGUGUGCAUGUUCUGGACACAUGCGCUGACUCUGUCCGCUGGAAGGCAGGCGGGUGACGGUGAGCUGCCUCUGAGGAGAGACGAAGCGGGGGAAAGCGAAAGGAAGGCUCCAUAACCACAUCGCAGUGCCCACCGCGCAGCGACACACACCACAGGGAGACAGGCCACGGGUCUAUCGCUUCCAGGCAGCGGCAGCAGGAGCUCAGCGGCGGCGGCGGCAGCUCAGCGGACACAGCCAUGGCUAACAUCGCGGUCCAGCGGAUCAAGCGGGAGUUUAAAGAAGUUCUCAAAAGCGAGGAGACGAGUAAAAACCAGAUCAAAGUAGAUCUGGUGGACGAGAACUUCACGGAGCUGCGGGGGGAGAUCGCAGGUCCUCCAGACACACCGUACGAAGGUGGCAGAUAUCAGCUUGAAAUAAAAAUCCCAGAAACCUAUCCUUUUAAUCCACCAAAGGUGCGUUUCAUCAGUAGGAUCUGGCACCCGAAUAUCAGUUCUGUGACGGGAGCAAUUUGUCUGGACAUUUUAAAGGACCAGUGGGCAGCUGCGAUGACGCUGCGGACCGUGCUGUUGUCUCUACAGGCUCUACUUGCUGCGGCGGAACCAGACGACCCACAGGACGCAGUGGUAGCCAAUCAGUAUAAGCAGAACCCAGAAAUGUUCAAACAGACUGCGAGACUGUGGUCUCACUUCUACGCUGGCGCUCCCACCCCCAGUCCUGAAUACACCCGUAAAAUAGACAAACUCUGUGCCAUGGGCUUUGAUAAGAAUGCAGUAAUAGCGGCCUUGUCCUCAAAAUCCUGGGACGUGGAAACGGCGACAGAGCUGCUCCUCAGCAAUUGAGAUCCAGCCAGGUGUGAGGAUCCCAAACAAACUCCUGUCUUUACAGCAUCAGCUUCUCCCCGGCACAUUCCACCAUUGCCUUUUUUCUUUUCUUUUUUGGAUUGCACAGACAACACCCUAUUUGCCACAGCAGUACUCUGAACCUACUUUUACAGCAAGUUUGUUCACUUAAAAACUCAACACCGGUAGUAACACAAUCGCCAAUAUGCUCACCACACUGCUGCCUGUCUGAUCCCAUGUGUUCAGAUACAUCUUCAUCAUGCAUCUACUCUUCCAUGCCCUUUAGUCAUAUCAGCUCUGAAGCAUCUUGAAAUUCCUUAUACACAAAUGUGUUUUCCAUAAUAAUGCAAAGAGUCACUGCCUCUAUUUCGGGGUAAAAACUGAAGGAAGUCCUGCAUACUGCUCUCACAGUACAUCAACAUUUUAUUCCUUAGGCAGAACUUGUUUGAAUAUUCUCUUAUGGACUUUAAUCAUCUGCAGAGAUUUGGAUGUUCACCCCUCGUUUCUUCUGCAGAGGUCUAGAAAGAUCACACCCAGACAUCCUCCGACAUCCGCACACAUACAUGGAAGAAAAAAGUUAUCUGUAAAUAGAAGAGUGUAAAUUUGAAAAUACAAUGGGGAUAUACUUUUUUUUUUUUUACAUGGCAUUGUAAAACAAAUUAUUUUAAAUAUAAACUAUGCCUAGUUUACAGUUAUAUGGAAGAGAUAUCUUUUUAUGCUUUUGUGACCCAUGAGAAAUCCCUGUCUACCUUGAGGUGGCACAGCCAAAAAUCAUGGCCCUAUUGGGACGGGAGGUGUCACCUUAUCCGCUACGCCACAAUCCAACCUUUUUGUUGAUCCUUAUCGUCCUAGCAUGUUCUAUGCUGCCUUUGUAUUUAGUUUGGCUACUUGAUGUGAUGGGACUUUUGGGUUGAAAUUGCAAGACUCUUUCUGAUUUACGGAAAGAGACACCUGGAACCUCUGCUCAAGCACACCCGGUUUGCCGCGUGUCGUGAAGGGAAGUAAAGCCUGCUCUGGGAUAUGUUGCUAGAAUAAAUGUCUCUCCUGCUCUGAACCAAUGUGUCUGAACGUCAGGAAGGAUAAAAGUUUGGAUGUUUUUUUUUCCAGAGCAGUCAGUUUCUACCAUUGGUACAAAGUAAGAUUUUGCUCACUCCCUCCGCUGUACGGGGAGGAGCUUUUUCACAAAUCACUCCAACAAAUCUAGGACAUAUUGAGGCAAUAUAGGCGUCGCCCUAUAUUCCCAGAUAUGCUUUUCAACACAGCCAAAUCACAUACUCAAGGAGGGUUGUCUUUUACUGAUGUCCGUGUCGUACGAGAGGCUGGAACUCCUCUGUUGUGCACGGUGUUUUCACAAACAUCUGAUUUGAGGUACAAGAACUGUAAAUUAAUGCACAGUAUAGAAAAGUGGGUGCAUCCUCACUGUUUUAUUAUUUAAAAGAAAAGUCACCCUUCUGCUUGACCUCCAGCUCAGUCCCUACCAACACAGCAGCAUUCUACGUCCAACGUUUUCAGGCCAGAAACAAAAAAAGAUGGUUCAUGGUCAAAGUAUAGAAUGCACACACCAUCUCCUUUUACUUGUAAAUAGCCAGAUCCUUGAUAAAGAGCCGUCCCGUUAUCACUCGAGCACACCAUCGAUGGCUGGAUCUAGAUUUUGUAAGAAAAAAGGCCAAAAAGAGGCCCCCCCCUCUUCCCCGGUGUUCCCACUAUGUACAAUAAUGCACGAUGGCAGCAUAAAAAAAAGGGGCUGUUGCAUCUCAGUUUCUCCAUUUGGAUUGAGACUUAUUUUCCUUUGUUUCCUUGGAAGCAAGCAUCAGCAGUAUAAAAAAAGCAUGGUUAUUUAUUGUGACGGUGUCAUGUUUCUUUGAUUAAAAAAAGUGGAAAAUCAA